CUGAUCCAUUGUGAAGACGUGUCCUGUGUCCUACAUAAACCUCUUGUGUUUGGACCACUCACCUCAGCUUUUACUUCUCAUUGUGAUACAUCGCUGACAGUUUUUUGGGAUGUGAAGUGAAACAUGCCAAGGAGGUUUGGGAUCGCCCCCAGUCUUUAGGGAUGAGAGCUGGCACGUCCCACUGUCCCUUAAUGCAUCUUAAUCUAAUAUAGCCUGCAGCAUCUUUGCAUUUUGGAGGGCCAUGCAUUGCCUGAGAAGGAAGCGGCUGCAGUUGAGGCGAGUCUUGUUCCUCCUCACUGGCGUCUUCAUGUGCACCCUGUACCAGCUGACCAUCAGCGACAGACGCUACGAGACUUUGCCUUUGCCGCAGUUUAGAGACGCUUUCGCCGAGGGUUCGGCCGCUUGGGUGGAGGAUGUUGCAGGCGAGAGUCGAGAAAAGAGCUCCCUGGUGCAAUCGGAGGUGAAAAAUCAAACGACACCAGAACCUCACACGGUGACCACGUCUCCCAACACAACUGAUAAAGCUGAAACACCACCUGGAGCCACCACUAAUAGAACUAUUGUGCACUGCAUAUUCGUGCCCCCUGAACCCAAGGAGGAGCCCCCCAACACACCAUCGCCUCCUACUGACACUCCUCACGUUAAGGGGGAGUACCCUGAAGAUCUAUUCUCAGUGGAGGAGCGGCGGCAAGGCUGGGUGGUCCUCCACAUCCUUGGCAUGGUCUACAUGUUUGUGUCCCUGGCUAUCGUGUGCGACGAGUUCUUCGUCCCCGCUUUGGGCGUCAUCAUAGACAAGUUGGCCAUCUCUGAUGAUGUUGCAGGAGCUACUUUCAUGGCGGCGGGAGGUUCUGCCCCCGAGCUUUUCACUUCCUUCAUCGGCGUUUUCAUAGCCCACAGCAAUGUGGGUAUCGGGACUAUCGUCGGCUCAGCGGUCUUCAACAUUCUGUUUGUGAUCGGGAUGUGCGCUUUGUUUUCCCGGGAGGUUCUUUAUCUCACGUGGUGGCCUCUAUUCAGAGAUGUUUCCUUCUACAUCCUGGACCUCAUCUUGCUCAUCAUCUUCUUCCUGGAUAAUGUCAUCAUGUGGUGGGAGAGCAUGGCGCUGGUGGCCAGUUACACCUUGUAUGUCAUCUUUAUGAAGUUUAACGCCCAAAUAGAACACCUUUUCAAGACCCAGCUUUACAAACACAAGAGCAUUGUCCGAAUUAUCACUGAAGAGGAACCUAAGGCGAUGAAUGGAGACGGUGAAGAUAAGUCCCCUCCUUCGCCAGAAGACAAGAAUUGGUUAAAGUUGAAGCCAGCUCUUCAACGUGGUGGAAGUUCUGCGUCUUUGCACAACAGCACCAUGAGGAACACCAUCUUUCAACUGAUGAUCCACACCUUAGACCCCCUGGGAGAAGGGAAAUUCAAGGACAAGGCCGAGAGUCUAAAUAAUGUUGUAAAACGGAAGACUGGCGACAAAAUAUCAUCAAAAAGUGAAGAUGAAGAUGAAGAUGAAGACGAAGAUAAGAAGCAGGAGGAGAAAGAGGCUGAAGCUGCUCCAGAGAGCGAGAAGAAGGAGGCCCCAGAAGACAAGAAGGAGGACCAGCCUGCAGAAGAGGAAGAGUCUGGGGAGGACGGCGAUGACGACGACAGCGAUGAAGACAGCGAUGAUUCCAGUGACGAUGAGAACGAGGAUGAGCCUUUGUCUUUAGAGUGGCCUGAAACUCUACGUAAACAAAUCACCUAUCUCAUCCUGCUGCCCAUCGUCUUCCCUCUCUGGCUCACUGUUCCCGAUGUCCGCAAACAGAGUUCCAGGAAUUAUUUUGCGGCCACCUUCCUGGGCUCCAUUCUGUGGAUCGGCAUCUUCUCCUACCUCAUGGUGUGGUGGGCCCAUCAGGUGGGUGAGACCAUAGGCAUCUCCGAGGAGAUUAUGGGCUUGACUAUACUGGCUGCAGGGACGUCCAUCCCUGACCUCAUCACCAGUGUGAUCGUGGCCCGUAAAGGCCUUGGCGACAUGGCCGUGUCCAGCUCUGUGGGCAGUAACAUCUUCGACAUCACUGUGGGUCUGCCGGUGCCGUGGCUCAUCUACUCGGCCAUCCACGGUUUGGUCCCGGUGGCCGUCAGUAGCAACGGGCUCUUCUGCGCCAUCGUGCUGCUCUUCCUCAUGCUCCUCUUCGUCAUCGUCUCCAUCGCGUGCUGCAAGUGGAAGAUGAACAAGGCUCUGGGCUUCACCAUGUUCCUGCUCUACUUCAUCUUCCUGGUGCUCAGCGUCAUGCUGGAGGACCGCAUCAUCAUCUGUCCUGUUUCCAUCUGAAGGGGGACACCACACUAAUAACAUAAAAUCAUGCAUUGUCAUAUUUUGGUAUCGAUAGCCACUUUUUGUUGGCUUGUAAAAUGUGAUUUUCCAAUCCAACAAAAUACAAAGUCCAAAUGAUAAAGGCACUUGUAACAUUUCUUUCAACAUCUCUUCACGAUGAAACAAAUGAAGCUCUUCAUUCAAGAUUCUUUUGACAAGCUGAAAGAAAACACUGAUGAGAGCCAAUCUCUGGUGGAUAUUAAAAGCACAACGCAAAAAUAAAACAGGACCCAAUAGAGUCAGUCAAUUACAUUGGGAUUGAAAUGUAACACUGAACAAAGAGAAAGCGAUAAAGUGCAUCUUUGGUUCAAAAAAACACUGAAAAGAAAUGUUACGGACUUAUGAAUAUAGGAGUGUCUCAACUUUGACAAACAACUGCUGCAUACAUGACAGAUGAAUGGUCGCUGUUGUUUUGAACUUCAGUGUAGAAUUAAAAUUCCAUGCAAAUCUGAUCAUAGAACACUCAUCCAUUUUCUACCGCUUAUUCCUUCUGGGUUGGCGGGGGGCGCUGGAGCCUAUCUCAGCUACAAUCGGGCGGAAGGCGGGGUACACCCUGGACAAGUCGCCACCUCAUUGCAGGGCCAACACAGAUAGACAGAGAACAUUCACACUCACAUUGUGUUUAUUUAGAAAAUAAAACAAAUAACAUAACCAUUUUAUUUUUAUGCAAUUUCAUAUAAAUAGGUGUUCAUCUUAACAAAUGAUGAAUCACAAACAGUUACAAUUGACAUAGAAAGUGAUGUUUUGGUCACAAGUGAAGGCUAAUAAUGUACAUGCUAUGAAACAAUGUAUAUUCAAAGCAAGCACACGACUUUGUUCCUUGGUUCAAACUGCAUCAAACUACAACUUUUCACUUUUGGAUCAGUGUGGAGUCAGGGCAGGGCAGGGCAGGGCAGCGCUGUUUAGUUUUAAACCUGAAACCUCGCACAUAACAUUGUACUUUGUGCAAGCAGACCUGUUUUACCGUCACUUUUGCAAUUAAAUCUACAAAACACAUCAAAUGAUGUACACAUUUACAUACCCAGUAGUGUUACAAUAUCAUCAGAAGAAUAUAGUCAUAUAUUUUCUAUGUAUUUUGAUUGUACUGUACUAAGGACAACUGUCCUCGGUGGUCCCUUACAACACAUUACAUAACAAAUCUCACAUUUAAAAAUUAUAUAGCGUUAAAACAAAUCACAUUAAAAUCUCCCUUGUGGGUUCUUUUGGUACAUUGUAAAAAAAAAAAAAAUCAUACAUGAAUAAACAUUGUGCACAUCGAUGACUUGAGUGUUCCCUUUCUAAUGACCAUUACGAUCUACUUCAGGGGUCCCAAAACUACAGCCUUGUUCACAAGUCCCAAGUUGAUAAUUGACAACAUUAAGUUUGAAUAAUUGCUAAUCUGAUGCCGUGUAACAGAUGAUUCUUAUAUUGUUAGUCAUUGACCGUGAGCAUCGCACUGUUUUUGAAGUGCACAAAACCAACAUGGGUACCAAUUUUAACCAACCUUUCCCAUCCAUGGAUCAAAUAAUGAAAAACCAACGCAGGAAGUUAAUACAUGUGAUACAAAACCCACAACCUGCCCACUGAACUAUGUGAACAUUAUAAAAUAUAUACAUAAUGCAGAGGAUUCUGGGAAAUAUUGUUUAUUUUCAGACCGGGCCA